UCAGCUAUUGGCAGUUCAACACAGCAUCUUUUGGACGGCUAGAGUUUGCCGCAGACAUUGAUUUGGAUUCGGGAAUGUCAGCAAUUUCUGUGCUCAGGCUGACUGUUCGAGAUCAAGGAACUCCAGUGCUGACUGGCACAGCCACCUUGACAGUCAGUGUAACGCCAGACAAUGAAUAUCCUCCUACCAUCAGCGCUCAGCCUGCUGCUAGUGUGGUUGAG